CACCCUAUCCCAUUUGUCUUUUCCUAUAUAUCUCCACCACUCUUCACCAGAGCUGGAACCUCUCAAGAAGCUUUCCGGCGGAUGCCUUAGAGAAUGCCAAACUAAAAGAGCAAGAGAGAAAGAUAAAGGAGAGCUUCACUGAGCUUAGCAAAGAUUAAAGAAUAACUGACCUUUUGUCAUCUUAAGUAUACAAGAAAAGAUGGAUUAUGUUUAUGGUCCUGGGAGGAACCAUCUCUUUGUUCCUGGGCCUGUGAAUAUCCCAGAGCCUGUGAUACGGGCUAUGAACAGGAACAAUGAAGAUUACAGGUCCCCAGCUGUGCCUGCGCUGACGAAGACUCUUAUUGAGGAUGUUAAGAAGAUCUUCAAGACAACAAGUGGGACUCCUUUUCUAAUUCCUACAACAGGUACUGGAGCUUGGGAAAGUGCAUUAACAAACACAUUAUCACCUGGUGAUAGAAUUGUAUCUUUUCUUAUUGGGCAAUUCAGUCUUCUCUGGAUUGAUCAACAACAACGCCUCAAAUUUGAUGUGGAUGUCAUAGAAAGUGAGUGGGGACGAGGUGCCAAUCUUGAUAUGUUGGCAAUGAAACUAGCUACAGACACGGCUCAUACAAUUAAGGCAAUCUGUAUUGUUCACAAUGAGACAGCAACUGGAGUCACCAAUAAUUUGGCAACUGUAAGAAACUUGCUAGAUGAGUACAACCAUCCUGCACUAUUGCUUGUUGACGGUGUGUCAUCGAUAUGUGCUCUUGACUUUCGUAUGGAUGAAUGGGGAGUUGAUGUAGCUUUAACUGGAUCACAGAAAGCUCUUUCUUUGCCUACUGGAAUGGGCAUUAUCUGCGCUAGCCCAAAAGCACUGGAAGCCUCUAAGACAGCCAAAUCAGUAAGGGUGUUCUUUGACUGGAAUGACUACCUGAAGUUCUACAAAAUGGGAACUUAUUGGCCCUAUACUCCUUCUAUCCAACUUCUGUAUGGGCUCAGAGCAGCUUUGGAUCUUAUAUUUGAGGAAGGACUUGACAAUGUGAUCGCAAGGCACAACCGUUUAGGGAAAGCAACAAGACUUGCUGUUGAGGCUUGGGGCCUGAAGAAUUGCACACAGAAGGAGGAAUGGUUUAGUGACACAGUCACCGCAGUGGUUGUUCCACCUUAUAUUGACAGUGCUGAGGUUGUUAGGAGGGCAUGGAAGAGAUACAAUUUAAGCUUAGGCUUGGGCUUGAACAAAGUGGCGGGAAAGGUGUUCAGGAUAGGACAUCUAGGUAACCUCAACGAGCUGCAACUGUUAGGCUGUCUUAGUGGGGUGGAGAUGGUACUCAAGGAUAUAGGCUACCCGGUCAAGCUGGGAAGUGGAGUGGGAGCAGCAGCUGCUUAUCUUCAGAACACUACCCCAAUGAUCCCUUCGAGGAUAUAACAUUCGAUCAACAUAGCUUCUUUUCUCAGACUUUCUGUAAAUAUGACCAUAUAUUAUGCACUCUUGUGAGGCUUGUUCUCCAUACAUACUGUUCUGUAAUUGAUUAUUUUCUUUAGAACUCCCAUAUUCAUAUCUAGUUAGUCGU